ACGAAACCUGCCAGCUCCACGUUCCUGCUAUUCCUCAGGCUCCUUCGACAUGUUGGUCCGGCUGCUCCUGCUCCUCCUGCUGGCCGCAUCAUCAGAGUGCCAGAGUGUGGGCAAGGAGUUUGUGGCGGUUUUCCUGGAGAACAUUGCCUACUACCACCCGUCUUCAUCUAACAACUACUUCCGUAUCAUUGCUCUGCACAACGACACUCAGGUUGACCUGAAAGCAGACUCCAUGUUUAGUGAUAGCGGCAAACUGGCGUCCGGCGAAAUCCGAGAGUUCUACGUAAAUCCUGAGUUAGAACUGGACAAGAGCCAAACCUCACUCAAAGUGGUGACCAUCAUGGCUGACAAGAACAUCUCUGUAGAGAUCCUGAGCUACAGAAACAGCAGUGUCCAGACGGCACUGCUGUUGCCCAAAGACCAGCUGGCACAGGAGUAUCACCUGCCCCCAAUCCCUGAGAUCCAGAGAACCACUGUGCCCGAGGCAGAUGUGACCAACGCGGUGACAGAGCGAAGUCGCUUUAAAGUCAUCCUGGUCAACGCUGACCAGAACCAGGACAACAUCAUCGCUGUGAACGGCACUGCGGGCUUCUCUAUCACCUUGAAGCCGAAAGAGGUGGCACAGGAGUGGGUGGAGGAUAGCAUAGCGGGAAAAGUCAUAUCGGGCACGGCUCCGUUUCUGGCACUGUUCGGGCACCCAUGUGCCAUUUAUGCCAACUGUACGUGUGGUCUGCUCUUCACACCGAUGCUGCCCACCAAACCCACCGAUGCCAUCUACAUUAUCCCACCUGCAUUCAGUGCAGAUAUUCAAGUGUUGAUGCCAUCUAAAGGUAAGAGGGAGACCUUGUCCUCGAUGAGGGUGAAUGACCCAGGCCCUGUGGUGCUCCAGAGGCCUGGGCUGCUCCUGAACCUUAUCUCAGAGGAUGAUUUUGGCUCGUGUUUCGCUGUUCACACCGUGAGCGACACACAGAACUGGGUGGUUGUCAUGGUGCCCUCAGACUCCACCGGGCAUGUGCACAUCAACACUGCCAUUGCAGACACCACCUGGAGUGCUGUGAGUGACACCAAGUACAGCUGGGCCAAAAUACACCUGGACCCCGGCAAACACAUUGUAUGGCACGAGUCUGCUCUCAUGGCCGUGUGGUUCAUCGGAGAGAAAGUCCAAUCUACCAUGUUUGGAAACCCAGCAGCCCGCCUCAGCAUUUUCCCAGAUUAUCGCGGCUGUGUGUUGAGCCCAGAGCAUGUGGAGAUCUUGACACAGCAGAGCUCAUGGCAGGAGUCCAUCCAAGCCUGUAGGAACCUCAGCCUGGACCUGAUCAGCCUCACAGACCCAACCCUCCAGAGCAAUAUCUACCAGAAGAUCCAGAACCACAAAGACAACCUGACAGAUCUAUGGAUGGGGCUGAGGAAGAGCUCGUAUUCUGGAGAGUGGUACUGGAUCAGCGAGGAGCCACUGCAGCAUGUGGACUGGGCAUACGGCUCUCCAGAUGAAGAUGACAUGAGACACUGCGCCCGGAUCAGCCGCACGGACCCACAGCGCCUCAGCUGGACCCAUCACGACUGCUGCAGCGAAGCUCGACCUGUGUGCUAUCGACACCCCACACUGCUCACCAUCUAAGCCUCAGCAGCUAAACCAAGACUAAACCAGGACUGAACUGGGUCAAAUCAGGACAGAACAGGACUAAACCAGGGAUAAACUGGGACUAAACCAGGAAUGGAGCAGGACUGAACUGAGUCUAAACCAGGACUAAACCUGGACUGAAUCGGGACUCAACUGGCUAAACCAGAACUAAAUCAGGAUGAAACCAGGGCUAAAUCGGGACUUAACCCAGACUCAACUAGGGCUAAACCAGAACGAAAUCAAGACUGAACCAGGACUGAAACAGCCUUAAUGCUGAGGUACUGUGAUGUAACAGGACAGAUUAGUGCUAAAGAUACUUGUUUUAAACCUAGAUAUUUUUGGUUUUGUUCAUUACAAUUAUAACAUUAGAUUAAUAUCCUGUUGUUGCACUGAUGUACUCUAAUGUUUUGUUAUUAGAUGCUAAACUUUGUGCCAGUUUUUGUCUGUAGAUAGACCACAGACUGUAUCUUUCUCUGGACAUAGCUAACCUGCCAGCUGCCGCAGUUCCAUCAACUCUGGCUCCAAUUCACAGAAAAACUGUGGCCUUUCUGUAACUGCAGCCAUCAGGCUCCUCAUUCAGACCUUAAAAUGUUGUUUUUUAUUUCACUAUUUUGUCCCUAAAUCAAGAUAUGAACAUUAAUAACAGACCAAUCAGGUGCCAUUUUUCACUGAGGUCGCACCCGCUAAUGUUAGCAACGGGUUUGAUUGAUAGCAUUGCUAAGCUCCCUACUACACCCGCUCUCUCCUGAUUGGCUCUUUGGUUGCUAUGAUACCCACAGAUCUCCAGAUUAG